UACUCUUUGUUCUGCUGUCUUUUGCUUGCAACAGGGAAGAUGUCUGCAGAAGACUGAGCCGUCAGAGGAGCCGAUCAUCUCUUCAUGCAGAUCGACACAGUUUCCAAAACAAGACAUCAUUACUGUUGAGGUUCAGCUGGGGCCUUCACCUGACCGCAGACCCAGGCACUUCAGAUGUUCAAUGACCUCAUGAGACAGGCGAUGGAAAAGGAGGCAAGCCGCUUAGAAAAACAACACGUACACAAUGUGUAUGAGAAGAUCGCACCGUACUUCAAUGACAAACGUUACAAAGCCUGGCCAAAAGUCCAACAGUUCCUGCUGGCUCAGGAGCCAGGAAGUCUCAUUGCUGAUAUAGGUUGUGGAAAUGGAAAAUAUCUCCAUAUCAACAGUCAGACAUAUAAAAUGGGAUGUGAUUAUUGCUUGCCGUUGGUGGAAGCUGCAAGAAAUCGAGGUUAUGAAGUAAUGGCUUGUGAUGGACUUCGGCUCCCGUACCGUGGUGGCUGUUUUGAUGCUGUCCUGUCCAUAGCUGUGAUCCACCAUUUCUCAACCAAGGAACGUCGUGUUCUAGCUAUUAAGGAGAUGACUCGGAUAUUGAAAGUGGGUGGACAGAUGAUGAUCUAUGUAUGGGCAAUGGAACAAAAGAGAAGAAAGUUUGAGAAGCAAGAUUUACUAAUACCUUGGAACAUACAGCCAAGUACAAAAAACCUCUCCGACAAACUGUGGAACUCCUGGCAACCAGACCUCAAUAUAAACUUCAACAAAGGCCAUGCCUCCACAAACCAAAGGACUAAGAGUUCUUCAUUUCUAGAUCAUCAGAGUUCGCUAUAUCAGAAUGAACUUCAUUCAUCCAAGUUCUUAGCGCGCUCCUUAGAUUCAGGAUUGAAUGAGACUCUUUACUCUGGGGCCAGUGAGAGAAAUUAUGGAAGCAUAUUCCGUAGAAUGUAUAAUCUCUGCAUGGACAUGAAGAUAGGUAGAAAUACAUUUUCCUCCAAGCCUUUGCAUUACUUCAGGAACAUUGGAGAUCUUGUGCCAAAUCAUGUGCAAAACUUUGAGAAUAAUACCAACGUGGUGGCAGAACUGUUGAGAUCGUCGACCACUAAUAGGACUUUUUGUAAGUCUCCAACUGUUGAACUUGACAAGGAAAUAAUUAAUUUUAAUGUGGUUCCUCUACGAGAGUUGGGUUCUAAAUACAGGGGAUCGAAUGAUCCCAAACUUAAUUUUACAAAGAGUUAUGUAAAUCCUUGUGAAACAAAGACUAGAAAUAGAAGAGACCAAUCCCUAAACAGCGGUAACAAUGAUCAUGAGAUAGUUUCACCAGACCAUCAGCUCCUGCAAGGUGUAAACAAUGGCUGUCUACGUUACUAUCACAUUUUUAAGCAGGGUGAGCUCAGUGACCUAAUAGAACAAUGCAUUCCGGAGCUUCGUGUUGUGCAGACUUUUUUUGAUAAUUCCAACUGGUGUGUUAUUGCAGAAAAGAUUCAACCUCCGAUGGAGUAAUUGGUUGUUGACAAUCCAGUUAAUUAUGUUCUUUCUAAGGGAUAACAUGUUUAAAUUACCAUAGAAUUUUUUUAAGUAAUUUUAUU